AGCCGAAGGACGCAGAAGAUCCAGAAGAUUGUUUGCUUUUCUGUCUGACGGGUGACGACUAACCUAUAAAUACACUGCUGUCAUGUAUGUAACUAUCACGGUGUCAGCACCCAGCGGGUUUCAUUGCUUUCCCUUUUUGUAACAAGAAUACCAUCAUUCAAAAUUAGAUUCAUGAGUAUAUUUUGAUACAUAUAUAAAUUCGUUUCCAAAGCUGUGAAAAUGCUUUCAGAAACUUUGCGUUUUAGUGUUUGGGGGAGCAGUUUUCUCUACACAUUUUACGUUCUGUGCAACUUUAUGUAUUUCUUAUCAAACCAGUAUGAUAAUCAAAAAAUUGCCAGUCGUCCAGAAUCAGAUGACAAUUUAGUCCUGACUAUGCUAUGGGAUUUCUUGAUAGACACCUGCCUCAUAAGUGCCUUCAUACUUCAGCAUUCCGUUAUGGCUAGUGAUUUCGUAAAAAGAAUUUACUCUGCCUUAAAAAUAGAAGAUCUCGAUCGAAGCGUGUAUAACGCAUGUAGCGCAGCUGUUCUUCACUUGAUGGUUAAAACUUGGGUGCCUGUGUCAUUGGUGACGCUUUGGAACAUCAACACAACUUCAUAUUCCAAAAUAUGGCUGUUAAUGACAGCGAUUCAUGUUCUGGGUUGGGUUUUUAUAUAUAGUGGUUGUUUGAUGAUGGACAUAUCAGAGUUGGUUGGAUUAAAACAAGUUCUUUACAAGAUUUCUUGUAGACCUUGCCCAAUGAAUAUGAAGUCUAGAGAAUUGAGGCGCUUCUAUGGUCACAUGAGACAUCCAAGCUUCACUGGCUUUCUUAUGAUUCUUUGGAUUCAUCCUAUUAUGAGCAUUGAUCGACUGUUGCUGGCAGUGAUACUUACCGUAUAUAUGAUAGGGAUGUGGAACAUUGACGAAGACGAUUAUAGAUACCAUUCGUAUGUUAUCCAAAGAAAAAAGAGAGAAUUAUCUUAACUUUAGGUCAUCUCGAAUCUCAAAUUUUUCGACAGCUCUCUUCUAAAUUAAUUUUCAUUAACGCUUCAGUAUUGACUCACGCUUUGCUUUACCAUCACUUGCCAUUAACUCUUUAAUUUAUUGAUAAUCGUAUAAGUAAUAUUAAUAGAUGGAACUGAUACCAUUAAUUAAACAUUAAGAAUAUUUUGUACCAAGUGUUUAAAACUCUAACAUUGAGAAUAUAUAUAAUAUUUUAUUACUUUA